AUUAAAGCUAUUUAUUAAACCCUUAUGUCAUACUUAUAUUUACUUAAAAGAUAACAAGACGGUGUAUAUCUAUGCAGAUAAACGUUUUUACAUUAGAGUGUAUUUCUAAAAAUUAAACAACAAUGGGUGGAAAAAUAUCGUUCCCAAGAAUUCCAAUCAGCAAGGACAGAGUUGUAGUUGUUACAGGAGGAAAUACGGGUAUUGGUUAUGAGACAGCAAAAUGGAUGGCGAUGUUAGGGGCAUCUGUAAUUAUUGCCUGCAGGUCAGAAAAAAGAGCUCUGGAGGCAAUCGCAAGGAUGAAGUCAGAUUUCCAGAGAGAGAAAGAACAGAAAACAGAAGGAGUUAUACAAACUGACGAUAUAUCUGUAGAGUUUAUGAAAUUAGAUCUGAGUUCUCUUGAAUCAACUAAAGAAUUUACGGAUCAAUUCAUUGAUUCUGGGCGGCAACUAAACACACUAAUAUGCAAUGCAGGAAUUGCUUUUCACCCAUUAGAAUAUACCGAGGAUGGAAAUGAAACUAUGUUUCAGGUAAAUUAUUUAAGCCAACUUUUGUUAACGUUCCAUUUGUUGCCAGUAAUGAAGCGAUCUGGUGACGAUAGCAGGAUAAUCCUUGUCAGCAGUCACGGACAUAAUUUCCACUCCACUCCAUUUUCUGUGGAUAAAAUACAAGGAAAGCAACAUAAUGCUGAUAACUUCCCUAGAUUUAAAUAUUAUGGAAACUCGAAAUUAUAUCAGAUUUUACAAAUGUAUUUUAUGAAUCGUCGGCUUGCUGAAAGUAAUGUGUGUGUGUUGUCACUACAUCCCGGAUUGGUAGACACAGAAGUAACACGAGGAUUUCAAGAUAUUUCAUGGAUGACUUGGGGAUGGAAAAUAGCAAGAGUUUUCAGUAAGUCACCAGCUGCAGGAGCAGAAUGUACAUUAAAUGCAGCAAUCAACCCUGCUUUAAAAGGUGUGCGAGAUGUUUACUAUCAAGACUGUAAACCAAAGAAUACUCAUGAUGAUGCAAGAAACAAAGACAUUCAAGAAUCUGUACUGGAAUAUUCUCUAUCACGUUUAAAUGAUUAUAUCACAGAUGAUAUAAGAAAUGAAUGGAAGACAAAAUAAUAAUUUUCUUAAAAUGGCAAUGUCUUUCUUUGAUUUUCUGUCUGCUACCUAUACAGAGUUGAUAAAAAUCCUCAUUAAAAAAAAAUCUUGUCCA